AUGGAUGAUACAAUGACAGAUAAUGUGUUUUCUUUAAAAAACGAUGGAUUUUAUGAUUUUAUUCAUACAUUAGUUGGACAACAAAUAGUGGACAUUUUAAAGUUUCAAUCAAUAACAUCUACACAAUCUUUAAUUCGAUAUCCAAAUGUUUUUGAUAUAUUUAAUAUGAAAUGUUCAGAGCCUGAUUUCUUAUCGAUUAGAAAAAAGUCAUGUUUGGAGCUUGAAGAUGGUCAAUUUAUCGUAAAACGAAUUGGAAGUGAAGGUGUUACUAAUACAGACAAAAAUGGUUUUUUAAUAGAUUUUAUUAAUACUGUUACUAAUAAAUUGACAAAAUCAAGCAAUCAUUUUCGAUACAGUGACAAAAUCAAGGACUUCGCUUUAUCGUUAUAUAUUUUAGGUGGAAAAUUAACGUAUGAAUUUAUUCGAUUAAAUAUACCCGGCUCUUUACCAAGUUUAACAAUGUUGACUACAUUAAUUUUAAAUUCAAAUUUAAAAAUUAGUGAAGCAGAAUUUCGAUUCGAUCAGCUUCAAAAACAUUUUGAGAAUCUGAAUCUUCAAUAUGCAUUUGGUUCUGAGGAUGCCACUGGUGUUAUUAAAAAAAUAAAAUAUGAUUCAGUAACAAAUAAGUUUAUUGGAUUUCCUACGCCACUUGAUCAUGGGGUACCAAUUAAAGAAUAUCAUCACACUGAUUCAUUGGAUACGUUAAAGUUAUGGUUCAAUUCAAUUGAUAAAUCAUCAUUAUUAAAUGUACAUAUGAUUCAACCAGUACAAUCAACAACUCAAAACACAAUUCCAAGUCCUUUUUUACUAUCAGCAUAUGGUAUUGAUAAUACGGCUACAGCGAAUGAUAUAUUACAAAGAUGGUGGUAUAUAUUCAAUCAGUGUUUACAAAGAAAUAUAAGAAUUAUUGGUUUUGCUACUGAUGCUGAUGCUAAAUAUGUACGUGCUACGCGAUUAAUGAGUGGAUUUUUUGCAUCUCUUCCAAAUUUUCCAGUUCAUCGACAUCAGCAAGCUUCUACCGUAAAAUUCAAAUCACCUACGAAAUGGCGUAAUCGUUUAUUAUCGUCUACAGCUGAAUUACGUCUUGGUGACCAAUCAAUAUCGACCAAUCAUUCAUAUAGCUUUAUUGAUAAUGGAAAAUUUACUAAAAUUGAUCAUGGCUUGACGAAAUCUGAUAUUAAUCCUAAAGAUCGUCAAAAUUUUAGUUCCUGUGUGAAAUUAACAUCUGAUGAUCUAUUUUAA